UCCAGCUUUCGUGCGCCAGUGCGAAGUCUAAUCGCUGCCGUCGCUGGUACUCUUGAAGAUGAGGCUUCUGGGCAGCUACGCAAUGGGCCUUUUUCAUGGGUGCCUUGUGCGCAUGCGCACCGGAAGUACUCUGACAGCGACACUAGCGGCGAGCGCCCGAAACAUUUUUGGUGACAUCCGCCGAAGAACGUACCUACGGGCUCUCCGUGUUGGCCGCGCUGCUCCUUGGCAGGCAGGAUCGUAGAUUUUUUUCUUUUUUUUUGCGAUGCCACAGCGAUGUGCUGCCGUAGGCUGCAGUAAUGCCAGCGGAAAGCCUCCAAACGUGCGAUUUUUUAGAUUUCCUGCCGCGACGCUUCAGGGAACGAGACGAAAGAAAUGGGUGCAAGCAAUACAUCGCGUCAACGCCGACGGAUCGCCGUGGGAACCGACAGCGAACUCCCGUGUCUGCAGCAAUCACUUCGUAACAGGUGAAGAAACAGUGACUUCAUAUUCCUUAUUACUUGAUGAACAGCGUGUCUGUUGAGCGCAUAAGUGUAACUUCGAGCUCUUUCCGAGCGGGACCGUGGCAGGUUGGCGAUCGUGCAUUUGUUUAGUACGCAGUUUCGGUCGUGUUAGCGCAGUGUGUCCUGUGUCGUACACGCGUUAAUAACAGAAACACUCAAGAUGUUUAACCGUCACAUUUUAUUUCAGGAGCGCCCUCACGCUUUAUGCCCCACCCGGACUACGUACCAUCGGUUUUCAAGCACACGCCAAUGAGAUGCCCUGGGUCAAUCGCUCGCUUUGACAGAGUGAAGAAACGGCAGGGUAUACGCUGUGUGUGACGCUGUUUGAGAUUCAUCAACUGUCAGCAUUUAUGACCUUGCAGUAAUCUUUCUUCCUUUUGUAUUCGGCACUUGAUAUUAUCUUUCAUUAUCAUGAAAUCACCCGUGUAAUGCUGAAUACGCCGGCUGUCGUGCGAUUGCCGAUGCUAAGCAGCAUCGUGCAGUACUUGCGAGUGAAGCUUCUUGAAUAGCGAAUGUUGAUUGCUCUUUCUGCCGCAAAAUAACUCGCGCUUUCGUCUUGGGCGAGUCAGUUACAGUAUCGGCAGCUAGAUGGUCCCUUCUCUAAACACCAACCCAUUUUUAAUGCGUCUUUCUCUAGCAAAGGGAGAUUAAGUGGUCACUUAUUUAUGAGUAGUACAGAGUUUUUAUAUUUGAUGUUGCGCCUAUCUUAUUAGUCUUAAAUCGCACAUUGUUACACUGUCGUGAAAUAUAUAUUUAAUGUUAUUUAUCAGCUUCAAGAGUGGCAAAUGCAAGUGGCCAAGCCAGCAGCGGUGCAACCACCUCAGCUGUUGGACAGAGGACCCCACCGAGUAUAGCAGCAGGCCAAAAUAGGACACCACAGGAUUGCCAACCAGUUGCCGGGGCAUCUACUCCACCUCUUGGUCAAGGAACACCAUUAAGCAGAGCAGCAAGUGCAAUGUCAUUAGGCUCUACGACCUGUGAAGAUAGUGCGGUAUUGCAUAGUGUACCAGCUGAACACGAAAAGAGCUGUCAGGCGAAUAAUUGCUCUCUAGAGCGUAUUAUGCUGCUUGAAAGCCAAUUAAGUGCAGAAAGAAAGAAGGUGCAAAAGCUAGAAGUACAGCUAAAAGCUGCUGAGGAACAAACAAUACAGUGGAAAGCACAUUACUACGAGCUGAAGGCUACAACACUGUGCCUCGAUAACAUGCAAGGUACUGAGCAUAUGUUAUAUUACACAGGACUGCCUUCUGUGCAAGUGUUUUACGAUAUACUAAAUUUAGUUUUGAACAAUAACCCUCGGUUUGCAAUAGACAUAAAGAGCAGGUCACUCAGUGCUGCCGAGCAGAUGUAUGCAGUACUGGUUCGCUUAAGGACAGGUAUGGCCACACGAGAGAUUCCUCGCAAUUUUUUAAUUUCAAUGCCAUCAUUCAGUCGUAUAUUUUCAGAAUGGGUACUUAUAUUGCAGAAGGUUCUCACUGAAAUAACUAGCUUCCCCACACUUCCUGAAGUACAACAGCACAUGCCACCUCAUUUUAGACGGUACCCAAACACACGUAUAAUACUUGACACAACAGAAAUCCGUAUACAAAAGCCCUCAAGCUUAACUGCCCAGAGACGAACUUUCUCCCACUACAAGUUCGCAAACACAAUGAAAUGUGUUGUAGGUGCAACACCUGACUGCUAUGUUAGCUUUGUGUCAUCAUUAUAUGGGGGAAGUACCAGUGACAGAGCUAUUGUGCAACAGUCUCGUGUACUUGAUCUAUUCGAAUCAGGAGAUGGCAUCAUGGUUGACAAGGGAUUCAAGGUAGAUGACCUUCUGCCACGUGGUGUUGUCCUUCAUAUGCCUCCAUUUCGUAUUCCUGGAGAAGCGCAGAUGAGUGCCAAGGAUGUUGAAGCCACAAAGCAUGUUGCAAGUGCACGGGUGCACAUUGAAAGGGUCAUAAGAAGAAUCAAGGAGUUCCAUUUAUUGGACAGACCCUUACCUAUAAACAUGUUAGACAUAGCAGACGCAAUUUUCACAACAUGUGCGUUUCUCUCAAACUUUAGGCGACCACUAAUAAAUAAUGGGAAGGAAAUGGAGACAGACACCAUGUAAUAGAUCACGAAAGCAUGCGGUAUAUUUAUUUGGAGCACUUAAAAGGUGUCGUCAUGCACUAAAGUUUUAUGAUGCAAAGGAACGCACUAUGUGUGCGUCAGCCUUCUGAUGGUCAUUUUCAGAUUGUCCUCAUCACAAUGGUCAACUACAUAAAACCCCACAGCAUACUUCUUGUAGGACACGUAGCCUGCACCUGUAGUGUAAAGAAAUCCAAGGCGUCUGAUACGUCGUGUCAUGAGUUUUGGAAUUAUAGUAGCCUUAUAAAAGUACACCAGGCCCUGAAGUAUGUCUUUCCAAAUUUCUGCGUCAAAAUAUAUACGCUCCACUGAUAUGCAGUCUUGCAGGUCAGCAUGGUCUGUGAAGACUACAAAGUCGCACCAUGGCUUCUUCGCGACUCCCAUCUGUCCUUGUACUUGGUAGUAAUAAUAAUGGUCUUUUUUCAGGGUGACCUCACCAUUAGUUACUGCCAAGUAGAAACCUUUGUCAGCGCAGGCGUCAACAACUCUUUGGCCAGCUUUCGAAGCGGGGCACUUCACUUCUAGAAGCCCAUCCUCACUGCCAUAUCUCACAAGGCGAUCGGGCGAUGCGGCAAUGAAAGAAUGCAAUUCAUGAAUAUGCAAUCCUGUUUCCAUGACAUCUAUAUUUUUGUCAUACAGCUGCAUGAAUUCUAGAUAUUUUUCAACUGCUUUUGCUUCAUUUUGUAUUCCGUAGAGCCUGGGGUCACCAUUCUUCAUUAUUUCUUUGCGAGGAUAAAGUAUUUCUUUAACAAGCCCUUCUGGCUUCAGGCAGUGCAGUAUUCUGCAGAACUUUGAAGCAGUUAGCUUUCCGGUUCUUUCUGUGAACCAUGCAGGGUUCUUAUUCUGGCCUACGGUCUUUGCACAGAUAUCCGCCCUCUCGGUAGCUGUGAGCGACACCUGCUCCUUGAAAUAUUCAUCGAUCAAUGUGAGGCACUUCUGCGAAUUCAUGUCCCCUGUGUCAUUGAUGGGGCUCACAUUUCUCACUGGUGCUGGCGUCUCUGUGUAACGGUUCCUCACCAGCUCAGGUGCAUGUGUGGCAAUCGCACUCCUAAACUUCAACAGCCCAGACUGCCCAGCUGUUCUCAAAUGAGGAGGAAGUUGUCGCUUAGCCUUAACGGGCACCGUCUUGUUAAUCACAUGUUUCUUAAAGGUGAUGUCCGCCAAGGGUUUGGUCAGCAAAUGGUUUUGUCCUGAAAAUAACAAAAUGCGGGGACUUGGAUACAGUUCAUACACAUGUUCUAAAAGCUUACUGGCCAAGAUCUAUUUUGACAUUUGAUUACGCAUGCGGUUAUUUUGCACUAAUGAUGGACACUGCAAACUCCUGUGAAUCCAAUCAGCAUGCUAGCUCACCUCUCUUCAAAUACAGUGUUUCUCUAUCAGCAUGCUUACAUUCUACAUUAAGGUACCAUUACAAGGAAGAGUGUAGAUACCAGACCAAAGCUCCUUUUGAAGUCAAUUGUCACAUCGUCCUGGGUUCUACCACAUACGUACCUCCUUAUUCUGUUCCCUGCAUUUUACCUGAUUAACUUGAACUGUUUUCUGAAUAAAAACAUUUACCUUACCUU